UUAAUAAUUUCAACACUAUAUAUAAAUAAAAAAUAAUCUAUCCAUAAUUAUAAUAAAUCAUUAGAUUUGAAGUGGUUGUUUACAGUAAAAAUGACAGCUUAUUUUGAGAAUUUGUAAAGAAGAAGAAAAGCACUACGAAAUACGAAAUGUCAAAACGUCUGUUGUUUGAGAUUGGAAAAUUAGAAAUUUUAUUACAUUACCGGAUUAAUUUAAUAUAUUGAAUGAACCAAAAUAAAAUUCAGGAUAAGCGUGAUCUGCAUGAUGUCGAUUUAAGUAAAAAAUUAAGCUGGUUACUUCGACAUGGGGCUGUAAGGGAAGGUAUUCCCAUAACGAGCGAUGGUUAUAUAUUAGUAAAAACCUUACUCAAACACGGUUCUUUAAAAGGAAAAUAUAAUAUAGAAGACGUCGAGAGAGUGGUUAAUAAUAACAACAAACAAAGAUUCAGUCUUAGGGGUGCUGGAGACUUCUUGGAGAUAUGUGCUAAUCAAGGACAUACCAUCAGAGGAUUGGAAGAUUUAAAUUUAAAACCUAUCACCGAGGCUACAACAAAUGUCAUUCACGGGACAUACUUCAAAAAUUGGGAGAACAUCAGAGCAACGGGUAUAAAUCGUAUGCGAAGAAAUCACAUUCAUUUUGCAAGCGGACUACCGGAAGAUAACCAAGUAAUAAGUGGCAUUCGCCCAGAUGCGGAGAUUUUCAUCUAUAUUAAUUUGGAAGCGGCUCUUGCUGAUGAUUUGAAAUUCUACGAGUCCGUUAAUAAAGUAAUUCUAAGUCCUGGAAAUCAGAAUGGCACAAUACUACCUAAAUACUUUUUAAAAGUCGUGGACAGAUUUGGUAAAAAUCUGUUUCAAAAUUAAUAAAAAGCCUUCUAAAAUGGAGAAAAAGAAGCCCAACGAGAAUGUAAAAUGCGAGAUAUGCAACAUUGAAAUAUGUAGCAGUACUUUUCAGCAACAUGUCGAAGGACAACGACAUAAAAGGAACGCCGAUGCUGCGGAGCAUCGGAGGAGAGCCGAAGAAAAGUGCGGAAUUUUUGUAACUGGCUAUCCUCUAACUAUAAGCCAGGAUGAAUUAGUGACGUAUUUCUCAAAAUUUGGAAGCAUAGUGUGGACGUAUUUCGCCAAAAAUUAUUCGUUUAUUGACUUUUCUGAUCCCGCUGUAGUUAGAUGUAUUAUGCAAACCGCCCAUGAAUUGCAUGGGAAAAAUUUAACUAUAGAUUAUAGAAAACCAAAGCCGAUAAACAUAAAACCUGACCCAAAUCUCGAAGAUACAGAGGCAACAAUCGAAAGUCUAAAAACCGCAGAAAGUUUUCAACAGCAGCUUCGCAUACUCACUUGGUAUUUGCAGGGUAGAACAAACGGGUCUAAAUGCAAUAUUAUUUGUAGAGAUUUUCGAAAGAUUCUCAAGGCUUCUUUCCCACGUUGCACCAUUUUUCCAUUCGGUUCAUCUUACACGGGCUUAAAUAUAUGCAAUAGCGACAUAGAUAUCUACAUCAGUGAAUUAAGAAAGGACGGAGAGGACGAUUUGCAAUACCUUCAAAAAUUAAAAUCCCUUUUGAACAAAUCGAAUUGUUUUAGCAACGUUAUAGUCAUAGGCCAGGCAAAAAUACCGAUAUUAAAAUGCAUACACACACCGACAAACACAAGUUGUGAUGUUAAUGUCAGAAAUUUAUUGGGGGUGUGCAACAGCCGCCUUAUCAGCUAUUACAUAUCGAUAAAUCCAAAAAUAAAAGAAAUUAUGUUGAUAAUCAAAUAUUGGGCCAAAGUUCACAAAAUCACCGGUCGAAAUUGCUACUUCACCAAUUACUCCAUCUGCUUGAUGAUAAUAUUUUUCUUGCAAUCUACUUCAUACAAGCUUCCAUCGGUAAAACUCCUGCAAAGCGAUUCGAUAUUCGACAUUAUUCAAGAAGGCUGGAACGGUGGAUUUAAACCGUUACCUGUCGAUGCUCCCGACUUAAUAGCAGCCUCAUCGAUAACCCUACUACGCGAUUUUUUCUCAUUCUACGCCUCUUUCGACUACAACACCUACAUAAUAUGCCCGUAUCUGGGCGAACCCAUCAAGAAAGACCUGUUUGAAGACCCGAAUAAUCCACUGGAAGAUUUCAACGCGUACAAAGAGAUCAUCAGCGCAAACAAGAGCAAACCAUUGAAAACCAACGCUACAAUAUGCGUGCAAGACCCGUUCGAGCACUCCAGAAACACCACUCCGAUCGUAACAAAAAUAACCCUAAACAACUUCAUGCUAUACAGUUGCCACGCUCGAAAGUUAUGCGAGGACGGCGAACAAGCGCUGUUGUACAAACUCUUCACCGAAUCCCCGCGCAACGUUCAAGUAGAGAAGGUGAUGAUGAAACAAUUCACCCAGUUCGGCGUCAACAUGAGCCUAAACACUACCUAUCUGAGGCGAAAGCUGCACGAGGCCGAUUCCUCCGUGACGAAGGCGCUGAAGGACCUGUGGUUCGAGUCGGUGAGGGAUUUCGCGCUGAUAACGCUCCGGGAUUUCCUCAAGUUCAGCGUGGAGGAGAACGGCGGUCCGUCCGAGAGCAAGCUGACGAAAACCGACGAUCAGACGGACAUCCACUGCGGCGAGCAGUUCCACAUCGCUUCGUUCAAGUGCUCGGCCAAGCUGAACUUGUGGGGCUCGCGUAAGGCCGCGUUGAAGGCCUUCGAUAAGACGCACAAUAAUUUGAUCGAUAAAGAGACGGAGAUUACGAAGCAAUUGCAGGAGAUGUACAAGCACAUCGAUUCGCAGGUCAACGUGAUCGAAUUCGAAGUGAUUUUGAAGAAGAAUUACGAGCCCGCUCAGGUUACGUUUAUGCUGAAACGCGUGUAUUCGUACAAAAAGACGUUCAAUGAUUUCUGCUCGUUCUUCGCUCACAAAUUCGGGAUUUGGUUAGAGGAAUACGAGAAUGAUUUGAAUAAUGAUACAGGGUGAAUGGUGAUUGUUGAUUUAAUUUCGAAUUUGCGGUCGAUACAGGGUGUUCGUUGAAGAAUAGAGCGUUGUCAUAACGGGACGCCCGGUAUAUCUGGGACCUCUAUUGAGAAUUUUGGAAUUGGAAUAUUAAAUGUGUCUCGCGAAUUUCACAUUUCUCGAAUCUGUACAUAUUUUGCUCUUUAUUUUAUUUUGUGCUAUUAAGGUGCUAACUAUUUUAUGUACCUGUAAAUAUUCAAAGAUUUUUAUUUUUUAUUCGAUUUUUAUCUGGAAUUUACGAGUAUUGGUAGUUCCUAAGUAUUCAUCUUUGAAUUCAUCACAUUAGGUUUGUUCCACUGCACUGUUAAUUUGUUGGAACAAACCUAUUGUUUUAAUUUCUCCUACCUUUUAUAUAACUUUCAAAAUCAUUAAUUUUUUACAUAAUUUUCUUUAUUAAGUACUUCUUUGAUUUUAAAAAAACUAAUUGUACAUAAGUACAAGUGGUAUACCUGAAUUUAAGUAUACUUGAA